GGGCCAGGCUGAGGGCAGCAGGGACCCAGGAGCUGCCUGCCCGCUGCCCUCCUGCCUGCCCACCACCCACCCGCCUGUCUGCCUGUCUGUCCGCCCGACCACCCGCUGCCCACCUGCCACCUGUCCGCCCGACCACCCGCUGCCCACCACCUGCCAUGUGGGAGCUGCGUUCGGUGUCCUUCUGGAGGGCCAUCUCGGCAGAGUUCCUGGCCAGCCUGGUCUAUGUCUUCUUCGGGCUGGGGGCGUCGCUGCACUGGGCCCCGGGGCCGCUGAACGUCCUGCAGGUCUCGCUGGCCUUCGGGCUGGCGCUGGCCACCCUGGUGCAGACCCUGGGCCACGUCAGCGGCGCCCACGCCAACCCGGCCGUCACUUUCGCCUUCCUCCUGGGCGCCCAGGUGUCCCUGCUCCGGGCAGUCUGCUACGUGGCAGCCCAGCUGCUGGGGGCCGUGGCCGGUGCGGCCGUACUCUACGGGGUCACGCCCCCCGCCGUCCGCGGGAACCUGGCCCUCAACAUGCUGCACCCCGGGGUAAGCACGAGUCAGGCCACCGUGGUGGAGAUCAUCGUGACGCUGCAGUUCGUGCUCUGCGUCUUCGCCAGCUACGACGAGCGGCGAGAUGGGCGCCUGGGCUCCGUGGCCCUGGCCGUCGGCUUCUCCCUCACCCUGGGGCAUCUCUUCGGGAUGUACUGCACCGGUGCUGGCAUGAAUCCUGCCCGUUCCUUCGCCCCUGCCAUCCUCACCAGGAACUUCACCAACCACUGGGUCUACUGGGUGGGGCCCAUCAUCGGUGGGGCCUUGGCUGUCUUCCUGUACGACUUCCUCCUCUUUCCCCGGCCCAAAGGGGUGUCUGAGAGACUGUCCAUCCUCAGGGGCGACCGGCCCAGUGCCCCUGAGGGGCCAGGAGAGGCCUUGUCCGGGGACCCGGUGGAACUCAAGACCCAGGCCUUGUAAGGGCCCCUGCCAGACUGAGGGACUGAGGGAUGGUGGUUCUGAGAAGGGGCUAUGGGGGGGAGCACACCCCAAGGGAGCAGCCGGGGCGGAAACCUCUUUAUUUUUUUAUUUCUUCAUGUAUUUCCUUUUUUGCUGUGCGGGAUCUCUGAAACCACAGUCUUAGCCGAGCUACCAAGCCCACCCCCAUUUUGAACCCUCCCCCCUUCGGCCAGGUGCAUGCAUGCCUGCGUAGGUGCGUGUGUAUGAAGACGUAUGUGGACUUGUCAGGUCGGGUGGCUGCAGCAGCAGAUGUGAGAGCUGAGGGGGAAAAGGGGGAGUGGUCUUUGUGGAGAGGGGGUGGGGCUGGGAGUCAGCCGUCUGAAGCACUGGUCUGAUGCUACUGACUCGGUGGGCCCUGGGAGGAGGCACGGGAGGCCAAAUCC